AGCUUAGACAGGAUCAAAUUCGAAAAUGAUAAGUGCCACAGUAAUAACCUGGAAUGGAUACAAAAAUUAAUGGUCAGGAUGCAAACCCAAAUAUGGAUUUCAAAAACUUCACUUCAGAAUAUACAAACAGCGAUACAGAGAGCUUGGAAGAGGAAAUUGAACCCAAAUUAAAGUAUUGUAGGCUUUCAAAUGAUUUGCAAAGUAUACUACCUCAGGAUGCUGCCAGUUGUAUAGCAGUGCAUCCUAAGUUCAUCUGUUUGGGAUCACAUUGGGGUGUUAUCCAUAUUUUAGACCACCAAGGAGACAAGAUCGAAGGCAAAGGAGUUAGAGCUCAUUCAGUGGCUGUUAACCAGAUAUCUAUUGAUUCAAAUGGCGACUUUAUAGCCACAUGUUCAGAUGAUGGAAAAGUUUUUAUUCAUAGUUUAUAUUCAGAUGAUGGCAACUAUACCAUGAACAUGGACAGGCCCAUUAAAACAGUAGCUUUAGAUCCGAAUUAUAACAAACCUGGCUCAAACAGACGUUUUGUAACAGGGAGUGAUAAAUUAACUCUACAUGAGAGAACAUGGCCCUUUCUGGGUAGAUUGAAAUCUACAUUGCUCUGUGAGAGUGAGGGAGCGGUACGCAGCUUGUGUUGGGGGGAGAAUUUUAUUGCUUUCUCAAGUGACAUUGGAGUUAGGGUUUAUGACAUAAAUGCCAGAUGUUCAUUAGGGCUAAUAAAAUGGGAAAGGCCAAUGGGAAUGGCAAUAGAGAAAUUUAAGUGCAAUUUGAGGUGGGCAGACUCCAGGACACUCCUAAUUGGCUGGGUCGACACAGUGAGAGUCUGUGUUAUUAGGAAAAGGAGUAAUAUAGAACUUGCAAACAGGGACUUGCCAGAGUAUUUAGUUGAUCCUGUAUCAACUUUCAAGACUGAAUUUUACAUAAGUGGCAUAGCCCCUUUGGAUCAUCAGCUAGUGCUGCUAGGCUUCUCCAAAGAGCUUGAUCAAAACCAAAAGUCUCUUAGGCCUCAAUUGUACAUAGUUGAGUACAGAGACAACGACUACAUCGAUAUUUGUACAGACAGUUUGUCUUUAAGGGGCUACCAAGAGUACAAAGUAAAUGAUUAUCAUGUAGACGUGUUAAUAGACGAGAACAGGUUUUUUAUUGUAGCUCCGAGGGAUGUGGUUGUUGCCAGUCCAUACGAUUUGGACGACAGAAUACAGUGGCUCAUUCAGCACAAUAAGUUUGAAGAAGCCUUGGAUUCAAUUAGUCGAAAUAAUGGAAAAGAAGCUAAAAAUUUUACCAUUGAAUCCGUGGGCAUAGCCUAUCUCGACCACUUGUUGAAUAAAAAACAGUUCGAUGCUGCAGGCAGGCUGUGUCUGAAGAUAUUUGGAAAUAAAAAGAAACUUUGGGGAGAGCAGAUUUUCAAAUUUGCGAAACUUACUCAACUCAGGUCUGUUAGUCCCUACAUUCCACGAACUUUAGAAUCUAAGUUAGAUCCCCAUAUUUAUGAAAUGGUCCUGUACGAAUAUUUACAAAUGGAUGCAAAAGGCUUUCUGAAUUUGGUGAAGGAAUGGAACCCCCAGCUCUAUAAUACUUACGCUGUAAUAAACGCCGUUUUGGAACGUCUUCUAGUUAGCGAUUACGAAAAAGAAAUUUAUUUAGAGGCGCUUGCAAUGCUGUACAGUUACGAGCGAAAAUACGACAAAAGUUUAUCAAUGUACCUCAAAUUAAAGAACGUGGACGUAUUUAAUUUAAUUAAAAAGCAUAAUUUGUAUAAUGUAAUACAUGAUAUGAUAAUAGAAUUAAUGGAUCUGAAUCCCGAAAUAACGAUUGAGUUACUCUUGCAACAGAAACAUGUACCAUCCGAGGUUGUCGUAGAAAAACUAAAAAAUCAUGAAUUGUACUUGUACAGGUAUUUAGACGCCCUGGACAAGAAAGAGAAGAAAUACCAAUAUCAUGGUAUGUUGGUGCGUUUGUAUGCUAUUUUUGAAAGGUCAAAAUUGCUCCCCUUCUUAAAAAGAUCGGACCAUUACCCUAUUCAAGAGGCACUGGAUAUUUGCCAGAAAGAAAAAUAUUACCCCGAAAUGGUUUAUCUUCUAGACAGAAUAGGAGACACCAAAGAAGCCUUACAGCUAAUUAUAGAAGAAUUAAAAGACAUAGAGAAGGCCUUCGAAUUCUGCAAAGAACAUAACGACUAUGAUCUCUGGAAUGAUUUGAUUACUCACGCCCUUAAGAAACCAGAGUACAUCACAUAUUUACUGCAGCACAUAGGAACCUAUCAGAACCCAAUAGUUUUGGUGGAACAAAUUGAAGAUGGUAAAGAAAUACCAGGGCUUAAAAAAUCCUUGGUUAAAAUGCUUAAAGAUUACAGCUUGCAGGCUUCCGUAGAAGAGAGUUUUAAAAAGAUUUUGCUAUCUGAUUAUUUUAAUUUACACGAGAAAUUGGUAAAUUUGCAGCAGAGGGGUAUUCCUGUCACAGAUGAAGUGUUUUGUGGGGCAUGUCAUCGAAAAAUAAUUACUCGAGAUUUGUCAGGAAAUAAUAACGUAAUAGUUUUUAACUGUAAACAUGGUUUCCACGAACUUUGUAUACCGGACUCUGUGGACUUUACCAGUUGUACUAUUUGCUAUCCAACCAAAAUGAAAUAACAGCUAAUUGAAAAUGUUUUCAUUUUUAAUAUGGAUUUUCACCCGUUUCUGUUUCGGUUUGUGGUUCUGGUUCCUGUUUAGGUGCUUCCUGUUCCUCUUUAGGUGCUUCCUGUUCCUCUUUAGGUGCUUCCUGUUGUUGUUGUUCUUCUUCUUCCUUUGAUUCAGGAGGUACUUCAUCCAUUCCUUCUUCUUGUAUUUCUGGUUGUUUAUUAUCCUCGACUUUCUCUUCUUCUUCCUCCUCAAAACAUUCGCAUAUCUCCUCACAAAUGCAAGAAGCUGCGGAUUCUUCUCAAAAACAAGUUUAUGUAUUUUUAUAACAUUUUUACAAAUAGAUUUAUUAU